AUGACAACAGCAAUUUAAUGCUUUAACGACUUUUAAUUCUUAUAGUGCUAUUUGUAAUAUUAGAAUAUAUUCAUUAUUCUAGAUCUUGGAGUUUAGAAAUAAUAUGCUUGAUUUGUUUAGGAUUUGCAAUUUGUUUAAUCUUUAGAAAAUAAUGUAAAAAUGUGUGUAGCAAUUCGACACGAAUAAUAAUACUAAUAAUAUUGUCUCUCAUUUGUAAGAUUUGAGUAAUGUUAGUUUAUUUUGUAUUCAAUCUAACAAGAACUCAUAGAACAAUUUAUUUUCUUCAGGAACUAUUUUAUUAAGUCUAUCAAGCCUUUUUGAUUUACUAUUUUGGAAAAAAAUUAGUGUAAGGCCCCAGUAAGAGAUAAAAUUUAAAAAUAAUUCAAACAAUCUUUGUAACUCUAAUUAUACUAGAUAUUACUACGUUCAUCAUAUCCAUAAUAGAAGCUGCUUCCUAGAAACAAAUGUGCAAAUGUAAGUUAUUAUAUUUACAAUUAGAUUAGAGAUUUCAUUUACUGUUUUUAGGUCCAUUAGCCUGAUUACAUAAAUACUCUUCCUCGUAAUUGUUGAAAAAUUAUACAAACGAUUUUUGUUAAACCUUUAGAAUUUACUCAAGAAUGAAUAGUAAACCAAGCGAUAAAAGUCUCAUUUCUUCUAGUUAAAGUAUUUAUCACUUUAAAUAUCAAGAAUAUUGUGCUACAUCAGUUUCUUCGGAUCGCUAGUUUUGUUGAUCGUUAAUUUUAUCUAUAUGUUGUCUUCCGAUUGUAGAAUUAUACCCCAUUUUGGAAAUGGAGAGUACAACUUCUCCGAUGAACUCAAUUCAUUAGUGCAUACUACUAUUAAGCUAUUUACCUAUUUCAUACCAAUAAUACUAACUUUAGUGUUAUUUACAACGAAGAGUUAGAAGUAAGAUCAAAAUAAUACUGUUUUUGAAGUUGAAGAUUUAACAAAUCAAUAGUAUUUUUAAGGCUUAGCUUUUUAUAAAUGA